UAAAGUGUGAUAAGGUAGCGAGUGUUAACGAGACGGUCACUUCUGAGGGUUCUGGUUUACAAGGGUUUCUCGCUCUUUCACUUGCUCGUUACAAUCGAAGCUAAAACCACACAACAACCCUAACACAUGGCAAGAAAGUUCUUCGUCGGUGGCAACUGGAAAUGCAAUGGGACCACUGAAGAGGUCAAGAAGAUAGUUACUACCUUGAACGAAGCUAAAGUCCCUGGCGAAGAUGUUGUGGAGGUUGUUGUGAGCCCUCCCUUUGUAUUCCUUCCCGUUGUAAAAAGUUUGCUGCGGCCUGACUUCCAUGUUGCAGCACAAAACUGCUGGGUUCGCAAAGGUGGUGCAUAUACGGGAGAGGUUAGUGCUGAAAUGCUCGUCAAUCUGUCAAUUCCAUGGGUCAUUAUUGGUCACUCUGAACGUAGGCAACUUUUAAAUGAAUCAAAUGAGUUUGUGGCAGAUAAAGUUGCAUAUGCACUUUCACAAGGUCUGAAAGUUAUUGCCUGCAUUGGGGAGACUCUUGAACAGCGUGAAGCUGGUAUAACAAUGGCUGUUGUUGCUGAUCAAACAAAAGCAAUUGCAGCUAAGAUUCCAAGCUGGAAUAAUGUCGUUUUGGCCUACGAGCCAGUUUGGGCCAUUGGAACUGGAAAGGUUGCUACACCUGCUCAGGCUCAAGAGGUCCAUGCUGAUUUGCGGAAAUGGAUUCAUAGCAAUGUCAGUGCUGAAGUUGCUUCAUCCGUAAGAAUCAUCUAUGGAGGUUCUGUAAACGGUGGAAACUGCAAAGAAUUAGCAGUACAGCCUGAUGUUGAUGGAUUUUUGGUUGGUGGUGCUUCAUUGAAGCCCGAGUUCAUUGACAUCAUCAACUCUGCCACUGUGAAGAAGAACUGAAUUUCGUAGUUGAGGAACUGAUAUGCUGCCUUGCAAGCCUUUGCUUUGUAAACUGUUGAGUUUUGGUUUUUAUGCUCUAUGGCCUAUGCUUGAAACCUGUGUUUAAUAUUGAAUAAAUAUAAUUUCCUUUUAACUUAUCAUCACUCGUCGUAAGAGUGAUUCAAUUGGAUUUUGUUUAAGUUUGGACAUUUGAGGAUAGUUUUAAGUUGUAACUACCAUGACAUUAUGUGGGUAAAUAAUGCUGAACACCCAGUUUUAGUUUA